CUUUAUUGUCAGGGGAAGAAACCAUUUUCCAAUCAAACAAAGAACAUGGGUGAAUGGACGAGAAGCUGUCAGACAAACAGGUUUCUGCUGGAGAGAGCUGCUUUCUUUUGCUUGCUGUUUGCUUCAGCCGAUGGCCUGCAAUGCUACCAGUGUGUGGGGAUGUUCCAUGAAUGUGUCCAGUCGGAGCAGCUGUGUGCACCCAAAGACCGUUCCUGCUUCUCAUCCACCAUCAAACUUUUCUAUUCAAACAAGUACUCAGGAGUGUUUAUGUUACCUGAUCUCGAAAUUGCUCAGUACGUGAUGAAGGGCUGUUCAGCAGAGAGAGCAUCCAACCGGACAUCUAAUGUAUACUCAGAAGAUGACCGGGAGGUUCAUCACACAUAUUAUUGUGAUUCAGACCUCUGCAAUACCCAAUUCACAGGUGCUCCUCACACCAACCGCCAGGAACCCAACGGCAUGGAAUGUUACAGCUGCUUUGAUCGUGGCACCGGAGAUUGCGGCCAAGGGAAUGCCACCCGGAUCAAGUGUUUGGGAGACAUGAACCAGUGCAUGGAUUUUACUGUGAUCGACGGUGCCUGGAAAAUGACCUACCGGACAUGUGCUCUGGAGACACUGUGCCAACGGCAAUAUGUGCUCCCAGACCUUUCGGGGAGACUGGAAAUCAGUUGCUGUUCGACUCCCUUGUGUAAUGACGGCCAGCCUGGGAUCAAAAGCAUCUGCAGCCACUUUUCAGAGCAAGGAACGAAGCAGAAACCUGAGAAUAGUUUGGAGUGUGCCAGCUGCUGUGAUUCAGGACAAGGUGAAUGUGACUCAGGAAACUGGACUCAUGUCAAAUGCGUUGGAGAACAGAACAUGUGUGUGAACGUCACAGAGGGAGGCCAAACCUUGUUGCGCAGCUGCAGUCUGGAGAAACUCUGUAAGGAGAAGCCGGAGGGCCUGGGCCUGGGCCGGAAUGCGACCAUCCAGUGCUGCUCAUCCUCAUUGUGCAACCGUGGGAUGCUGCCAGUUGGAGGCUCUCUGUGGCUCUAUGUGCUGCUUCUGCCUGCUGCCGCCCUGCGGAUGAAGCGGCUGCUCUGAUGCAUGGCCAAAGAGGUUCAGAGACUUUUGAGAAGAAAAGUAAAAAAAA